AUGAGCCCUGACAAAGUCAGCACCGCCCCCGGUCCAGUGGACGCAGAGCCAGGAUGGAGGGACGAGGACGAGAAGGCCCAGAUGCCGCGUUACGUGGACGCAUUUGGAGAUGAGUCCAACGCAGAAGUCAAGUACAAAACCAUGGAGUGGUGGCAAACUGGAAUGUUUAUGAUUGCUGAAUCAGUAUCGCUCGGUGUUCUGUCAUUGCCAGCGACUCUUGCCCAGCUGGGGCUUGCUCCCGCUCUUGUCCUGAUUAUUGGACUGGGUCUCCUCGCUACUUACACAGGCUAUGUUAUUGGACAGUUCCACCAACGCUAUCCCCACGUCCAGAAUCUGGCUGACGCUGGUGAUGUCUUGCUCGGUGCAUUCGGACGGGAGCUCUUCGGCAUUGGCCAGCUCCUCUUCUCUAUCUUCAUCAUGGGAAGUCACAUCUUGACCUUCAGCGUCAUGAUGAACACUAUUACUGAGCAUGGCACCUGCACUAUGGUCUUCACGACUGUUGGAUUCGUCGUCUGCAUGCUCGGCUCGCUUCCCCGUACCAUGAAGAAUAUGACCUAUAUCUCCUGCAUGUCCUUUGCCAGUAUCUUUACUGCUGUCAUAAUCACCAUGGUUGGCGUUGGAGUCCAGGGCCGCGCGUCUACUACCCUAAAGGCCACCGUCGACACCGACCUUUUCCAUGCCUUUACCGCCGUGACCAAUAUCGUGUUCGCCUACUGCGCGCACGUGGCGUUCUUUGGUCUUCUGGCUGAAAUGAGGGAGCCCAGGGACUUUCCCAAGGCUCUGUACAUGCUGCAGACAUUUGAGAUCAUCUUUUACGUCAUUGCCGCCGUCGUAAUCUACUACUAUGCCGGCCAGACCGUCGAUUCGCCUGCGCUGGGCUCUGCAGGCCCCGUGCUGAAAAAAGUAGCGUACGGUAUUGCCAUCCCCACGAUUGUUGGCGCUGGCGUGGUCAACGGCCACAUUGGCCUCAAGUACAUCUACGUCCGUCUCUUUCGCGGAACAGACCGCAUGCAUCGCCGGGAUUUCGUGUCUGUUGGCUCUUGGAUUGCCAUCGGCUUGACCUGCUGGAUCAUUGCCUGGAUUAUUGCGGACGCGAUCCCGGUCUUCAGCGACCUGCUCAGUCUUAUCAGCUCCCUUUUUGCCAGUUGGUUUAGUUACGGACUUGGUGGUGUAUACUGGCUGCACAUUAACUACGGGAAGUGGUUCUCGUCGCCCAGAAAAAUCUGCCUCGCUAUCAUAAACGUGCUGAUUGUUCUUGUUGGCGGGUGCAUGUGCGGUCUCGGUCUGUAUGUCUCUGGCAAGGCAAUUCAUGAUGACGCUUCUACCAACACGUUCUCCUGCGCCAGCAAUGCAUAA